AUGAGGUUUGACAGAGUAACUCCCUGUCUGUUGUUCAUGUCUCCCUUUGACGGGUCGUCUCUGAGCACCUUGUUGACGAUGAUCAUUUCCUCGCGUUCUGUGAACCAGCCUUUCUUGUUCCAGAACCGUUUUGUCUGGACGACCGAGGGAGCCAUCACGAGUCCCGAAAUAAUGGCAAUCACCAGUGUGAAACAGCCCUCGAUGAUAAACAGCCAUUGCCACCCGGUCAUUCCCAAAAUGCCUCUCAUACGCAGAAUUCCGUACGCCAGCAGCGCAGUUCCAACCUGUGUGAGCGACAGAGCUGUCCAGAAAUAUGACAAUUUCAUUGACAGCUCGCUGGAGGUGAAAAAAUACGACAUCCAAAGAACCAGCUCUGGCGUGAACCCGCCUUCCAGCAGCCCAAGCAGUGCUCUUGUAGCGUAA